GAAGUUGGUUACUCAAACAGUCAGGGCCAAGAGCAAGCUCUGGGCUGGGGAGUACUGGAAUCUGGGCUCCCUUUAAACAAGUCAGCCCGACUCUGGCCAGAGCAGGCUUGUAAUAUAUCCUAUUCCUGCUUGGCAAAAAUAGAAUAGCCAGGAGAACGCGAGGACUGAGACAACUGUUCCUGUUUUGAAAGCUUCGGAAGGAUGUGGCUGCAGAUGGCAGCCUACUGAAUAGAUUGUAUUACUGUGUAAUGGGUCACAGCCCACACUUUGUAAACCACUUACCUAGAUGAAUCUGAGAAGGCAAUUAGCACUCUCAGGAGCCCAGAGAGCUGUCUACUUCUGAAUUAACACCUGUGGCCAAAGACUGAAGCCAAAAAAAAAAAACUUCUCUGAAUUUCCCUCUCCACUAAAAUGACCCCUUGGAACAAUGAACGACAGCUUCAAAGUGACAAGACACAGAUUCUCCUCAUCCUUUCAUCCCUGGCUUGGCACAAUGGUGAUACCAGUUUUAAAUUUGGCCAAGGUGUGGAUUUAAUCUGCAGAACUUGUUGAACACUUGUGUGCCUGUGUUGUUUAUGGGAGCUAGAAAAGAAAGUGAAAGGGCUGCCAGUUUCUCCAAUUGUUCCUCUAUGAUGUCAUCUACAUAUCAAGUUUCUGACAUAACAGAGGGAAAAGCCCACUAUUGGGUACGGUAACACUUUCCUUUCCAAAGGAUCCUCCUCUGGAGAUAGUGAGAGACUGAAACAGGGACAUCUCACCAAACUCUGUGAACUUUGCUCCACCUCUCCGCUUUGGUGCCUUCGCCUUGACAGAGCCUUGGUCCAGUAAGAUGAUCUGCCCACAGCUGGUCUCCUACACUUAGAACAAAUUGGAAGCAGGAGAACUUGGGGAAGGAAUUUGGUUUCACUAAAAAUAGCUGCAGUAUAGACCCUGUGACUUACCACUCCUCAGAACAGCCCGAUAUGAACUGAACGGGGUCCACUGGCCACUGAGAUUCUUCUCUAUUUGUUUUUUCUUGCCUGAAGCCCUUAAAUCCAAGGGGAACUUUAGGACUUGGGAGUACUUUGGCCCUGAUGCAGACUCUUGAAAACCUCGGAAACGCAUGGUGAUGAUAUGACCAAGAAUCUUCCUGGCUUCAGGAGUGCAUGACCGUUGACACUAAUAAAAACCAGGCCCUUUAAGCUUUGGUUAAUGGUGGGACCUUGCUUGCUCUUCACCACCAGGCCCACCGCAUCUCCACUUCUAAGGCGGCGGCAGCGGCGGCAGCGGGAGAAAAGCGGAUUCCGCCGGGAGCCACACUGAGAGCUCGCGGUCGCGACUUGCCGCCCUAAGCGCUCUCGCAAGUCCAGCCAGCUCGGCGAGGACUUCCUUCUCCUGGACGAACCUUGUCAAGCAAGCUGGGAUCUAUGAGUGGAAAGGUGACCAAGCCCAAAGAGGAGAAAGAUGCUUCUAAGGUUCUGGAUGACGCCCCCCCUGGCACACAGGAAUACAUUAUGUUACGACAAGAUUCCAUCCAAUCCGCGGAAUUAAAGAAAAAAGAGUCCCCCUUUCGUGCUAAGUGUCACGAAAUCUUCUGCUGCCCGCUGAAGCAAGUGCACCACAAAGAAAACACAGAACCCGAAGAGCCUCAGCUUAAGGGGAUAGUCACCAAACUCUACAGCCGACAAGGCUACCACUUGCAACUGCAGGCAGAUGGAACCAUUGAUGGCACCAAAGACGAGGACAGCACUUACACUCUGUUUAACCUCAUCCCUGUGGGUCUUCGAGUGGUGGCUAUUCAAGGAGUUCAAACCAAGCUGUAUUUGGCAAUGAACAGCGAGGGAUACUUGUACACCUCGGAACAUUUCACACCUGAGUGCAAAUUCAAAGAAUCAGUGUUUGAAAAUUAUUAUGUGACAUACUCAUCAAUGAUCUACCGUCAGCAGCAGUCCGGCCGAGGGUGGUAUCUGGGUCUGAACAAAGAAGGAGAGAUCAUGAAAGGCAACCAUGUCAAGAAGAACAAGCCUGCAGCACAUUUUCUGCCCAAACCACUGAAAGUGGCCAUGUACAAGGAGCCCUCUCUGCAUGAUCUCACGGAGUUCUCCCGAUCCGGAAGUGGGACCCCGACCAAGAGCAGAAGCGUCUCUGGUGUACUGAAUGGAGGCAAAUCCAUGAGCCACAAUGAAUCAACGUAGCCAGUGAGGGCAAAACGAGGGCUCUAUAACAGAACCUUACCUCCAGGUGCUGUUGAAUUCUUCUAACAGUCCUUCAUCCAAAAGUUCAGACUUAUCAGUGAGGUUUACCAAACACACAGGCAGAGUUCCCUAUUCUAUCUGCCAUUAUACCUUGUUAUCAUCCGUACUAAAGCCCCAUAAUUUAGAUUAAGCUUGUGCAAAAAGAAUGCCAAGCAUUAUCAAUGAACUAAACCUGGAAGAAGGACUGCCAAAUUUUCUCAUGAUCUCACCUAUACUUUGUGAAUAGAUAACAGAGCAAAAAUAUUUAACAGCACGAAUGCUGGUCAAUUUGCUUCCCAACUAAGAAAAUGUAAAAGACCACAGUAAUUAUUAACAAAACAAAACAAAACAAAACAACAAAGUUAACUGCUUAAAUGUUUUGUAGGGGCAAACAAAUUCUGUGAACUGUGCUGUUUUCUUGGCUUCGUGUUUUCUAUCUCUGCUUGAUUCAAAUGUACUCUUUACUUUCAUAUAGUGCAACUUUAUGGUUUCUGAAAAUUAAUGGUUCUAUUGACUCUAUCACUUAAUCCAAAUCAACCGAGGUCAGGGUUGAAUCUGAAUUGGCAUCUGAGACUCAGAGUAACGGCGUUCUUAAGGUUUUUCCUCUUUCUCCCUCUCCUUCCUACUGUCCCUCUUCCUCUCUCUCCUUUUUCUGUUGUCAAUUAGAACUGUAGCAUUCUGGUCAAGUUCUUGUGCUGUACUUUGUGCGUAGAAAUUGAGUUGUAUCGUCAACCCCAGUCAGUAAGAUAAGUUGAAACAAGAUUAUCCUCAAGUGUAGAUUUCUCUUAAUUCCAUUCGUGUAUCACGUUAAUCUAUUGUUGUGGCUUCUUGUGUAAAGACAGGAACUGUGGAACAGUGGCAUUGUCUUUCUCGUGUUGUUUAAAUAAGAAAUGUCUCAUCUGUACAUGUAAAAGUCCUUCUGUCAUUGGAUUUGGCACGUGAACAUUGUGUACAAGACAAUGUUAAGACUGGUUCCCCCUAAACAACAUAUAUUAUACUUGCUACUGGAAAAGUGUUUAAGACUUAGCUAGGUUUCCAUUUAGAUCUUCAUAUCUGUUGCAUGGAAGAAAGUUGGAAUCUUGGCAUAGAGUUGCAUGAUAUGUAAGAUUUGUGCAUUAAUAAUUGUUAAACUCUGUGUUCCAAAAGUGAACAUAGCAUGUACAGGCAGUUUUCUGCCCUGUGCAUAAAAAGUUAAAAAAAAGUUGUUUAAUAUUUGUUGUUGUAUACCCAAAUACGCACCGAAUAAACUCUUUAUAUUCAUUCAAAGAAAAAAAAA